UCACGAUAUUAUAAUUUUUAAAUAGGUCGAACAAGGCGUCGGUGGUGCCCUAGAAAUGAUAUUGUAGUCAUUUUAAAAAAAACAAUAUUUGACGGUAAGUGCUUUAAUCUUCCAAUAGUUGACGUCACUCCAGUUAAUAGAAGCGUUAUAGUUUGUUACUCAAACAUGUUUUAUAUCCUUUUCUUAACUAGUUCGUUGCCGUUAAUUUUUCACUUUUGAGUCUAGUACUGCGGGCAGGAUUGUUGGCUGGCUGUCUUAUUAAUAGUGUAUAGGCCUAUUAAAAAAUGGUGGCAUUUGUAACCGACUGAAUUGUUUUCUAUAUUUUAACAGCAAAAUGACUAUAUUUAAAUAUUUUCAUCUACGUCUUAUACUUAAAAAUCUUGGCAGUGAAUGUGAUACCAAUGUAACUUCUAGCUCUCUAAAUGUACUUCGAUUUUGUUGAAUUCUGUUCUAACACAAAUAUUUGUUUCAAUAUUUGCCGUGGUCCCUGGUCGAGGAAUUUGUGAUUGAAAUUCUGGGCGAAAAACUCAAGUAUAAAAUAAACCUUGAACAUACAUGUAUGUCAUAGAUCGCAUUAAAAAAAAUGAGUGGGGGAAUGUUGAGGGCGAAAAUUGAUUUUAACCAAGCCGACAGUAUCAGUAUCUCAUGAAUCAUGUCCAUAAUAAUUAAUAUAUAAUGAAAAAUGCCAAUGGCUGCCACUGCCUGUUUUUCCAAGGCGGGAAUCCCUUAUUUUAGUGUGAUAAAUUCCAUAAUUAACUUUAAUAGGUAAAUAAUCUUUUAAGUAAAAUUUUUUUUUUGGUGCAAAUUGGUACAAAUUUAAAAAGUAUGUCAUGAAUCUUGUGUCAUUUACUGUACCAUUGUGAUUGUGGUAAAUCAAGAACUCUUAUGUUUUUGUGUUUCCCACCAAUCUAGGCAUAUCGGCAUAAAAGAUUACGGAAUAUUAAAACUUUUUUUUUAUUGAUACCGAGAGCGAAUUUCGUUUCCGGUGAAGAUACAAAAUAUGGAGAAAUUUAUUUUUUCCGUCCGGUGAUGGGAGGGUGACGAAAAUAAGAAAGGUUUAUUAUAACCUAGAAAAUAGAAUUUGUACUAUUUCAAAGUUAUUCCUCAGUCAAUUUGGAUGCUUAACUCGAUUCUUUAGGUUUAAAUGUUGUGCAAUUGCUGAAACGGAGUAUUUAUACAUUUUUAUAGCUUACCGUACCGUCAAAGUGACACAAAAAAAAGAACAGAGAUAAAGCAAGUUGGUCUAAGGAUAUGUACGUCACCAGAAGAAAAAUAUUUAUCGUAAUUGAUGACAAAAUAAAUGUUCAAAUAGGAAACUGUGACGUAAAACGCAUAAAUCCGAGGCUACCGUAGAUGCCAUUGUAAGAUGGCCACUUCAGUUUUUGCGUCUUUUUUCCAUAUGCGCAAACUGAAUGCGCAAGCGUUUAUGGAAAUGCCUAAUUAUAAUAAUUUUUAAUAAUUAAAUAAUAAUAAUAUAUAAUAUAAAAGUUUUAUAAAAUACAUCAAAUUAAUAAACAAGACUCAAACAUCAUCAUAGUAAUUAUAUUUUUAUUAGAACAUAGAAAAGCAGUACAUAGAACACAUUUUUUUAAUAAAUUAUAAUUAGUCGUCUUCAUCUACAUGUGUUCAAUUUUAUACAUAAAAAAAAGACUACUUACCAUUUUAUAAAUAUAAUAAUUGAUUUAAAAUUUAACACACACAAGCAUAUUAAAAUUAGUUAAAAUUCAAUAAACAUGUUAUUUUUUCGUUUUUUCCUGUAUAAAUAAUGAUUUUCUCAAUUUUUCUGUUCACUUUUUUCUGAACAUACCCUCAAAGAAAUAUAUUAAAAAAUAAAAGUCUUGAUGUUAUAUAAAAGUUUUGUUGUUUAUUGCAUUGUGUAUUGCAUUGAGAAUGUCUCCUGAAAAUUUGGUAGCAUUAUCUUUUAAAAUCCAAAAGUUUUGGGCAAAAUAAGGCAGAAAUUUGGAAAGUGGGUCACACGUAUUUUCAUUUAAAUACUAAGAUAAAGAAGGGGGUUUAAAAAAAUCACCAAAAAAAUCAUAACUCAACUUCUAUAAAAGAUAGAAAGAUGAAAUUGGUAUUGUUGUAAAGCUUAUAGCUAGCCCUUUAAAAUGAUGUAUCAUUCAUGACAAUCGGACAAUAUUUAAAUUGUGUGUCAAAGUACCUGACCAAUCCGAUGUAUCUUGGUCAUGGUCUAGAUUGAAAAAAAACUUUUUUUAUUACAGUAAAAAUGAAGUUCAGGUGCGUAGAUUAUUUCUGGUUGAAUUUCUUAUUUUCACGUGUAAACUUAUGUUAAUUCUUUAUAAACAGUAUUUUAAAAAGUAAAAUACCACUUUUUAUUGGAAUACAACAAUUUAACAAAUUUUCAGAGAUAAAAAAAGUACAUUUUCAUGAAUCUGUCUUUUACGGAGCUAUUGUGGUAAAUCAAGGACAACUCUUCUGUCUUAAAAGAUACUUUAUAAAAGUUGCCCAAAUAGAUGAAUCUUGGUUAAAAUAAAUGUAUUUAUUUAUAAUAAUUUAUUUUAUGCGCUCACUAUGCCAGAGGGGUGCUCAAAUUAGAGCUGACCAAUCACGGACAACGUAUUUGCCGCCAUUAGUAUGAGAUGACUUUCAAUAAAUGAUCCAAGUUCCCCCAUUCGUGAAACGUCACAAAUAUUUAUUGUAAAAGUGGACACGUGAUUACACAUUGGCACAUAUUAGUAGACACCCCCUUUCAGCUUCACUCCAGGACAGUGGUGGCGUGUGUCCCCGCUGCCUUAGUCGGUGAUCCACUUCUAAUCCCCCAAGACUUAAAGGGACAACCCAUAUAUUCCUAGCGCUCUGAGAGGAAUAAAAAAGGUGGGGGUGUGGAAGGGGCACACUCGUGAAUAAUGAAAAAUCUAGUAUUGGCAUACUAACUAUGGUUGUUAAAAAUCUGGCCAUAGGGUGAAAAAAGAAGACAAGACAAACGGGGCUAUGUAACUUUGUUGGGGGAUGUUAAAAGACUCUUUAGAAAUCAAAUAAAAAUUAAAAAGGCGAUUUAAAAUUCAGUAUUAGUUAACUAUAACUGCCUAUAUUUAAUUAAUAAAGAAUACACAUAAGUUUACAUGAUAAAAUAUGAAGUGCGUUAAGAAAUAAUAUACGCAUCUGAACUCCACUUUUACCUAUUAUUUCUGGUUGAAUUUUGUAUUUUCAUGUGUAAAAUUAUAUUAAUUUUUUUUUGCAAGUAUUUUAAAGUAAAAUUUAGGUACUUGGAUAAAAUUUUCAAAUUGAAUGAAGUAAGUAAUGAACACAUCUGUAAGAUAGCCCUUGUUAAAUGAAGUAAUAAUAUGUUUUUAUUUUUCAUGUAGCACUUUCAGUUAAAAAGUUAGGAAUUUUUUUUGUGAAUAAAAGAUCACUUUUUUAAAACAGAUUUGUGACCACUUUUCAAAAAAUUGUAACGUAAAGGCUCAUAACUUUAUAGCAGAGCGGAGAAAUAAUAUGAAACUUUCCAGAAGUGUUCAUCAUCAUAGUAUCAACAUCUUUGUUGCUUUAAAAACUAAAAAAAAUUAAAUAGAAUAUUUUAAAAAUAUUUUUUGAUGUCAUUAACAAAACUUCCCAAAAAAAUAAAAAUAAUUUAAAAAAUUAAGACCAACACCUUAUUUAUUUUAAAACAGGAAUUAUAAUAGAGGCAAUUUUACAGUAAUAAUUAUGAUUUAAUUUGAAAGGGAGCAGUAUCUGAUAAAAUAUUAGUUAAUGUCUAUUAUUAUAUAGAUAUUACAAUAAAAUGUAAUAUUAAUUUUUUAAGAAUUAUAAAAUGUCUUGAGCUUCCUUAUCUGUCAACUGGUCAUUAAUAGUACUGUUUCCGGUUUAUUACUUUUGUUUUCCUCAAUUUUUUUUUCUUUCCAGCUUUAGAUACCCAUUAUGGCCAAAAAUAACCAUUUGUGGCCUUAGACUUAAGAGACCAUGAAAUUUUACAUGGUCAUUAUUUAUACAAUUUUACAGGUACACCAGGUCGAUUUAAAAUGGGACAAGGAAUAGUUUUCAAAAUAUUGAUAGACUUGGCUGCUUUCUCGCUUUUUUUUUUUAUUUAGUUAGGACAUACUGAUAUUACUGGAAACAAAAUGGAUGUAGUUAAAGUCUGUUCAUUAAUGUAACCAGAAAAGUAAUUGGUUCGUUGAUCCGACGUUUCUAGCGCGAAAAUAUUUUUUUUUUAGUGAACCCUUUCAUCCAGCACACCCAAAAAUGCGUCUCAAAACCCUAUGGGCUGCGAUUGAGUCAAAAUAGCCUCAUAUCCAAGUACUUACAAAAUGCUAUCUUUGUGUUGAAAAACAAAAUACGUUAUAAAAGUUAUAAACCAAAUGCGUCAUUUAAAAUUUCCUUGGAUCAACAAUUUGAAUUAUUGUUUCUUGGUCCUGCUAUUUUGAACAAAGUGAUCCCACUAUCUGUAAUUCCGCAAAACGAGUCCGUCUUAUACAUGAUCACUAACCCUUACCCUCAUUUACUCAGCGCAAGUCAGUCAACAUAACAUAAGUGCAUUUGCAUACGAAAAAAGGGGAGGGGUGCUCAAAUUAGAGCUGACCAAUCACGGACAAUGUAUUUGCCACCAUCAGUAUGAGAUGACUAUCAAUAAAUGACACACUCUAUCAUUCCGAUUUCCACAAUUUCUGCAAUGUCACAAAAUAUGUUUUUUAAGAUGUGGACAUGUGAUCCGUGCACAAAUUCAUGGGAAACAAACAGCCCCUCCACUCCAGCACAAUGAUGUGUGUCCCUGCUGCCUUAAUCUGUAAUCCACUUCUAUCCCUCCCCCAAGGGACAACUUGUAUAUUCCGAGCGCUCUGAGAGGAAAAUAAAAAAAAAAGGGGGUCACUCGUGCGUAAUGAAUAAUCCUUCAUUCUUUUAGUGAACAUUCCUACAGUUUGAAAAUUUCAUUUAUCAUACUAACUCAUAGGUGAUUAAACAUCUGGCCUGAGUGUGGAAAAAAAACAACUAAACAAAUAGGGAUAUGUUUUGGUGGGGGAUGUUUAAAGGUGCUUUAGAAAUCAAAUAAAAAAAAAAGCGCUGUAUAAUUCAGUAUUUGUUAGCUAUAACUGUCUGUAUUCAAUUAAUAAAGAAUCAACGCAAGUUUACAUGAGAAAAUAUGAAAUGCAUUAAUAAAUAAUAUACGCACCUGAAUUGCACUAGUACCUUUAUUACUUCAACACAAAUUUUAAAUAUUGUCCGAUUCUCAUGAACGAUACAUAAUUUUAAAAGGCUAGACUAUAAGCUUUAUAAAAACACCAAAUUCCAUUUUCUAUCUUUUAUAUAGAACUUGACUUCUGAAUUUUUUAUGCCCCUGAGAUAAGCUAUAUAUAUUCGUCCCAAAAGACUUGUGGCCAACUUUUAAAUUUUUUCACUCUUUUUGACUCAUAACUAUUUAAUUUUUAAAGAUAAUGGUACUGAAUUUUCAGUAGAUACUCUCAAAAUUUUCACAUUAUAUAUUUAUUUUGAAAAAUGUUCUUGCAGAGAAAGUUAAAAAUAAUUUUUUUUUGUAAAAUUUAUUAUUUUUUACAUGAAAAUUGCGGGUUGAUUCCAUUUUAAAGUAAUAUGAUCAUCAAAUAAUAUUUAAAUCUUAGUUAUUUUUAUGUUCUGUAGGGAACUUAAAAAUAAUAGAAAAGAAAAUUAUUGAAAUUAAUUUUUUUUAGAAUCAUAGGUUCAUACAAUAAAACAAUUAGACUAGUGCUACUACUUAUUUGAUGGGACACUGAAAACGUUCAGAAAGAAAUAUAGAAAUGCUAAUAAAUUUUUCAAAUUUAUAGUCAAAACAGACAACAUAAAUGGUUCAUUGUUUCUAAAGAAAUUACAGGCAAUAAGUGUUAACUCAUUCCCUCCGGCAGCGCUGCUUCCGGACUUAAUUUAUUUUCCUGAGAAAAGGGAAGCAACUCAGUUUUGAAACUGAUUUAUAUUUUUAAAAUAUUUUUUAAAGUUGCUAAAUGUUAUUUAAUGUUAUUGAAUUAAGAACAAAUGCAACAAAAAAUGAAUAAGGUUUAAUAUAAAUAUAACAUUAGCGGGGGAAAAAUAACGAACAAUGGCCAAAAAAAAUCGAUUUUCGGCACCUCGGACGAACACAUGGUACAUAUAGACGCGCCGUACUAAAGCACACAUAGUUUUAAAGUGAAACAAGGUAAAAACUUCCGGUUUCUAAAUUAAAAUCACGCAGAAAUCACGCCAUAGCCGGAAGUCUCGAGGGGUGGGAGAUUUCAUUGCUAUUUUUAACUAAAAAUAAGAGAGGUGUGUCGCUAUGCACCGGGACGCAUUUGGACGCAUCAGGAGGAACCCCCCGAGGACGCAUUUAGUCGCAACCGUCGGGAAUGAGUUAAACCUACAUAAGUGUUGAAACCUAUACUAAUACUAUUAGCAUUAACGUGUAUGAGAUGAAGAAUUUUGAAUAUUCUGAAAAGAAAAAAAAUGGGGGGGGGGGAAAUAAAUACAGCCUAAACAAGAAAAUGUAAAAAGUAGUGGUAGGUAUUAAAAAAAAUAAUCAAGUCAAAAUUAAAUAAUAAUAAAAACUGUUUAUACAAUAUUUGUUUGCACAAUAAAAAUCUAUAAUUAUUGGUAACAAUUAUUAACUCUAGCAUGAAAAAUGGGAAAAAGUAUUAAUAAAGUCAUCAAUUCUAAACAAAAUCAAUAGUUCAUACAUUUUGAAAGUAUCUAAACAAUUAUUUUCUGAAAAAAAGCUAUGAAUUAUUAAAAGUAGCAUAAAAAUUAAUGAACAAAAACAUUUUGCUCAUUUUUUUUUCAGCAUGCUUUAUUUAAUGUACCCAUAGACAAAAUGAAACGCGAAAAAAUAAUGAAAUAAUCUAAAUAAAAUGAUAAUCUCCCAUUAGGGCCUCUGCAAUUAGAACAGGAACUGGAGUAAUCUGAAUAUCAUCUACACUAUAAAUUACACGACAACACUUCUUUUUUGUAACCAAUGUAAAUACUUUCCCCUCUCUCCAUCUACAUGCCAAACAUGCCUUAUAGGUAAGGGCAGGCAGUCUACAGAGUUCUGAAUCAAUACAGUAAAAUUUUCUUCAGUACCUGGGAGAGGACAUGAAAAAAACAUCAUCCAACCCUAAUGCAGAUUCAAGACAGUUUCUAAUGUUUCUUUCUAAUUUAUUUCUGUCACAUCCCUUUUCUACAUUAAUUCUAUCUGUCUAAAAAUAACCAACUCUCUGAUUAACUUAUUCUUACACUUAAAAACUAAAAUCUGCCUACGUAAGUAGUUCAUAACAAAAGAAAUGACAGAACUGCCAACCCUUCCGUUUUUGUUGGAAUGAUACAGAUUUUUUUUACCCCUCAUUCCGACCUUCCGACAAACCCGUAAAAAUUCUGAUUUUCCGAACAUAUAUUUAUAAUUUUACACCCUUCAUAACAAUCGGAAAGCGACCCAAAAAAAAACAGAUCAAAGAAAAAAAGUCAGUUCGGAAGGAAGUGGUGCAUUUUGAUGAUGCCUCUUCCUUUAUUUUCACAAGUGUCUACAUGUCCGGAGACCGGUCGAAUAAGUUCUCGAGAUAUUUGUCUGGCUAUUAUAUAUUUGACCAUGUCACACGACCGCCGUAACAAAGUUCCGAAAGAUAUUUGUCAGUCAGCCUCGUUACGUGGCCGCUAAUAGUCAAUCAUAGUUUACAAUACUUCAUUUCAAGAAAUUCAAGAUAGUCUGGACAUUUACAUUAAAAAAUAAAUAUGUUAAAUUCUACAAAAUGAAUACUAGAACCAUUGCUGGUAUAUAUAAUGAACAAAUUGUUAAAAUUUGACAAUGUUAAAUAAAUGUUAAAUGUGACAUACCCGCGGGAUUAAUAUCUCCCGCGCGAUGUCUGGUUGCUGGGUGUGUAGACACUGCCUUGUUUUUAUCAAAGCGAACCGCGAUCUCCAAAUCAUUCUUCAAUAAUUAAAUGAUCCUAUCGUGAUUCAUCCUUUUACUAGCCUAAAAAAUAAUUUAGUUGUGCUGUGACUUUUUUGUUUGUUAAAGCUUUUCUUAAUUAAAUGGAUACAUCUAUUGCAAGUGGUGGGUACAAUGAUAUCAAUAAUCACAUUUUAACACAAAAAAACACACAACUGCAGCUAAGCAAGUCAAUCUGCGACAUCCCUGUCUAAUUUCUUUGCUAAGGAAUCAGACGAUUCAGUUAUCAGAUCUGAAGUUGUUUUUUUUAACACCUUUCUUAUUGAAGGAAAUAUUUCUCUAGCCAGCUCCCAUUUUAAUGCCAGAAUCAAGGAAGUGUUUCCAGCUUGUAGAUUGUUAGAAGAUUGUGAAGAAAAAUUACAAGUUAACCAAGGGAAAGCAUGAAAGUUGAUACUGAUACUCUUUCUAACUUGCUUGCAACUAAAAUCAGUUGCAAUGCUAACCUUCAGUUGUCCAUGAGCUGUUGGGCAAGUGCAAAAAGGCCACUAGGGAUAUGCUGGAAAAACUCGACUCUUGGCAGGCUGUGUACAAAUUUAAAUAAAAUGGAUAUUCUGUUCCAUAUAUAUCUGUAUAUAAUCAUUUCCAGUAAUGUUUUUCUUAUGUUCUGUGGACUCUUCUAAGCCAGUAGAGGUAACGUUUUUUUUUUUUGCUAAAAAGGGCUUGUGCAUUAGUAUGAAGAUCUUAAACCAGCGCCACCACCCCAAACCCACCCCCCACAGAUUUUUUCUUGGCAGGUUCACCUUUUCCUGCUCUGAACUUGGUUUUCCUACCAACCGUUUCAUUGUCUAAUGGGCAUGACAUUUCACCUUGGCAUCAACAAUAGCCAUGGAUGCACUGGGUGCUCUCUUAAAUUGGACAUCCACCAUUUCCCACAUACGCUCACAGAUGUUAUGAACUGGAGCAGAGGAAGUCUUGGCCAUCAGUUCUGGUUGGGGCUCUGCCAGCUCACCAUCAUUGCAAUCUCCCAGCUGAACAUUUAAAAAACAUUAUGCAAAUCAAAUGGUUUAAUAAAUCAAUUAUGUCUCCUCUCCACCUCCAACUGAGUUGCUUUCAAUUUCCUACAAUGUGAGCAUACACGUUUUGAUGAGUGGAAUAUGUGAUAAAAAGAAAAUAGACCUUUUCCCAGUGGAAUAACACUGACUACAGUCAGUGCACAACUUCUUUAUAUGUAGCAGGCCUUCAUCCUGUGGAACAGCAUAUUUACACUGUGCUUUCUGCUGACACAUUUGUUGUUUUGUUGCGUUUCUUUUUUCAGGUUUAACCCUACUCUGUUUUACUCAUUUUAUAUUGUUCUAACCUGAUUGCAAUCUCUCCCCUUAUUACCAUUCUUCACAAAGUAGGUCUUUUGCACCAUUUUACGACAUGCACAGAACCGUGUGUGAACAAGUAUUGAGAUUACUAAUUUAAUUAUGUCUAGGUGUCCGACAUUUCUAUCGGCUAACGUGCAGUUAGUGGCAGGACCGGCAAUGUCCUCCAUGGUAUACAGUAGGUACAUGGGUAAAAUUUUCAAAAUGAAGUUAAAGCUUUAUGAGCUAGUUGGUUAGGUAGGGUCUGAGAAAUGCAAUUCAUUGGUACCCAAUGGGAAGGUUUAUUAACAAGAAAGAAAUGAUUUUUUUUUUUCAUGAAUUAUUUUGGGAUAAUUCUGUUAUUGAGACGUAGAAAAAUAUAAAAGUGACUACAAUAAAAAUUGGGCAAAGAGUUGAGAGAGGUGUUAAAAAAGAUCAGUAAAUUGAAGUUAUUUAAGGAAUUAAUGAAGAUAACCAUUACAUACCAUAUAUUAGGCAUCACAAUACUCGGUUGCGCUCGCCGUCUGCGCAUGUCGAAAAAUGAUGCAAAACCUUAAGUGGCGAUUUUACAAUCGGCCUUGUUGUGUACUCAGAUUUUUGCCUUGUACACCACAGUUUUCUAAUUAUAAAUUUGUUUUGUUGUCUAUAAUAUUAAAUAUUUGUCUUAUGGUGACGCUAAAACAAUUUACCUAACAAGUAGAACCAAUGUUCCCUCUAGGGUUUGAUGGUUUGUGUGCAAAAUCAUAAAGUUGUGCACAAAAUGUUUCAGCCUUCAGACACAAAUACACACUUAGUGGAAAUUAGCUGCGCGGUACUCAAAACUGCUGUGCAGCGUCUGUGAGAUUACUUAAAGGGAACAUUGAGUGGAACCCUUGUUUUUUUCUGCGGCUCAUGACAAUAUGGCGCCCAACUGAAGUAUCCCCCAUCAAUAAGGCUGUGCCCUAAUAGGUCAUAACAGAUAACAGCAUCAUCAUAGGCCUUGAACCAUUGAGAGGGGAAAGGGUUUUGGAAGGUGCAGUGUUGUAUAUUUUUAUGUGCUGUGAAGUUUUUUCUAAGUACAUAUUGCUGACUAAAAUUAUAUCAAAUUUUCAGCCCCAUCCCCAACUCGCAAAAAUCAGUUAUCAAUUAAAAAGUCUGUGCCAAGUAUCAGCUCGAUAGGUUGAGGGGUUUGCCGUCUGAAAAUUUUGCCAGCCAGCCAUUAAAAAAGCGAAGUUACUAUAUAAGAAUUAAAAAGUGGAGAUAUUUUGAAAAAAUAGUUAUUAAUUUCAAAGUAAAUUUCUAAUUAAGAUUUUAAUUUUAUUGAUUAAUUUUUAAAGCAAGCUCUCAUUUAAAAAUGUUUUUAGGACCUUCUACCAAGAUGGAUUAUGACUCUUCCACCAAAUUCAUUUCUUCAUUGGCCAAGUUUCUUCAAUCUUUGUGCAAUGGCUAUGUGGAGUUUGACAAUGGAGUGCAGGUCAUAGGGCAUUUAUAUCUAAGUGUUGAUACAGGGAAAACAAUUGACUACAUUCUGAAUGAAAAAGUUUGUAAGACAGAUGAAAAUAGUGUAACUUUUAUAAGUAACAGCUUUCAUGCUCAGCCUGCUGAAAGGCCUAAGCCUCAAGGCAAAAAGACAGUGGAUAAAGGGGAAACAAAGUCAGAAGAUGUAAAUGAUAUUCUUGGUGGUCAAACUGAACCAAAAAGUACCAAUUAUGGAACUCUACCCCCAAGAGGCACACAGAAUUCACCACACUCUCAGAAUUUAAAACGAUCCUUUUCCCCAUCAUCAAAGCAGCCUAGAGGUGAUGGCUCACCUUCAAAAUUGGGUCGUUCAUCACCUAGAAAUAAAAAAAGUAGAACUGAAUCUGUAGACCAUAAUUUAUCACAAGUUUCAAAUCCUGCCAGUGAAAACAGUAUUUCAUCUCAACCUAGUCCAGCUGCUGAUGUUGGUGCGCCUCCAACUGUUUCUGCUCAAAGUGCUGAUGCAUCACAAACUACUCCGUAUAAUGAGACAUAUCAGCAGAGCUUUUUUCAACCGGGUGAUGAUGAAAAUUCAAUGGCUGACGAUACUGAAGAGAGAGACAUUAAACCAUCUAUUGAUACUGAUGUUACUUUUAUCAAGGAAGAAUUUGGCACUUCAAGUUGUUCACAAUCAGGCAAUCAAAGUGAGUAUUAAAUUCUUGUUAUAGAUCAUGUAUCAUCCAUGUAUUAGAUUUUGAUGCUCAAUUUCUUUAAUUUUUUCUCUCUUCGCGUUUGAAUCGUCCCCCCCCCCCUCUCUCUCUUUUUUUUGUUAAAUCAUCUUACUUGCACUUCUUUAAAUAUUUCAAUUGCAAGAUCUUUUUUUAAUAAUUUAAUUUUUAAAAAAAAAUUCAAUUUUUUUUUUUUUAAUUUUUUUUUCAGAUCGUGAUAGAGGCCAUGGUGAUGAUUCUUCAGUUUAUCCAUCGAUGUAUCAUUCAAAUCAAACUUUUUCCACCACUAAUUUUCAAACGGGUUUUGCUAGUACACCUUCAAGUUCUCAUAGAUCUAAUUUCAAUGCUUCUGGAGACAAUAGAUCAUCAUUAUAUACCUCAGGCUCUUCACAACUUGACACAGGAGAAAGUUCAGGAGAUCCAUCAGGUUGGUUAAAAAUAUCAAUCUUAAUUACCUUAUAAAGGCAAAAUAUUUACCAGAUUUUAAAAACCAAACAUUCCUACUUAAUUCCAGUUAUUCAUGCAUCCACCGAGAUCCUGGAAAAUCGUUAUAGAAUUAAAAAAGAUAAAUUUUUUAAAAUUUUUGGUCUGAGGGUAAUAAUUUAAAAAAAAAAAAAAAAAAAAAAAGACGCUAGAAAAUGAUGCAUAGCUUCACAACCUAAUACUUUUCCUUAUUCAUUCACUCAAAUUAAUUAAGAAUGUCUCUUCUGUCUAAAAAUCACAUGCUUUUGUGUAUGUUGCCUGCAUAGUAAAGCUUCUGUUCCACAGAAGUCAUGGUGAUGAUCUUUCUGCUGUUACUCUGCUGGUGACAUUUGUUGGUUGGCCUCCUGAGACUCAAUACUUUGUGACUCACCAUUUAAGAACCAUGCUUCAGCAAUUCUGUGCUCUUCUUUUAUGUGGCAGGUUAACAUCUUCUCGCUACAUUGUCCAUCUUGCAACUGUCCUGCAAAGCUAGCCAUCAUAAUAGUUGUGCCACUACCAUAUCUAAAAUGUUUGUAACUCUGUUUGCGUCUCAAUUCUUUUUUGAAUUUGUUGUUUUAUCUGUAGCAAGAGUCUUUAUGGACAUUUCGUCUCUAGCUUUAGUUCUGAUAUUCUAGUGCUUUUCUACACUUUGAUCAAUAGAGAGCGCUCAUGACAUUGAUUUUAUACAUGUAAAACAUGAGUAUUUAUGCAUCCCAAAUUUCUUUUGUUGGAUAAGUGAUGCAAAAACACUUUUUCAUCUUGAAGGGAAGUAAUUUUAUAUUAAUAGUUAAAAGCAAAUAUAAAAAAAAAAAGUAACCUCAAAAAGAAAUUAAGAUACUUACUUCAUUUUGCUAUGCAGGUGAUCAGUACAAUCUUCAAUGUGCAUCAAAAAGCUUAAUGGAGGAUAUAAUGUAAUAGAUUUUUAAUCUCUAAUCCAGAAAAGUUAGAAAAACUUCUUAUUGCAUCAGUUUGGAUUUUUGAUUAAAUGUUAACAAAAUUAAUUAAACAGAUUCGAACCUGUCUUAGAAACUGUUGAAUAUUUUGCCUUUAAAAAAACCCAUUUAGUUUACUACUGCAAAAGUAUUGAAAAGUCCAUUCAGUCCAAAGAUAUGUUUUGUUUGUUUUGCGAUUUUAAUGAAAUUGUCUAUUUUAUAAAUCAAGCAUUACAUAAAUGAGUCAAGUGUUUAUUUUAAAUUUUGAUUAAAUUUGAAAAUAGAAAUUUUGUUAGCUUGUCAUCCUUAUUCUAACUUACCUAAUUGGAUUAUGGGGCAUCAUAGAAAAUCAUUAUUGCUUAAUAAUAAAUCAACAUUUUUUUUUUUAUGGAUUAAUUUAGUUUGCACAUACCUUCAUAAAACAUUGUAGUGGAAAAAACAUGCAGCUUUCUUUUUACAUUUAAUUGUCAAACUAAUCAUGAAGUUUAUGUAUCUCUAACUUUAAAAAGUUAAUUUUAGCUUAAAGAAGAAAAAAAGUAUAUUGCAUGUACAACAAAAAAAAUUAUAUAUAAUAGGCUUCAUUAUAAAGUAUGAGAACAUACAUUUUCAGUGUAGACAACUGUCAUAAUUAUACUAAAGAUUAGACAACUACUGUUUGUAAUCCCAGCAGUAUGUGACAUUUUGCUAGUGAAGCUGAAAUAUAAAAAAAAAAAGAACAACUUUGAUUUUCAAACUUAAUACAUUAACAAUACUGCAUGGGCUUUUCAAUGCAGAUUUUUAUUAGAAAGAAUUAAGUACUUAAGCAUAUUUCAAGUGUUAUGAAAGGACUCGACAAUUCUCUUUAUUACGUUCUUAAAUAUCUUACUAGAUUAGAUUUUAAGUUUAAUUAUCAAUAUGAUUCAAGUUGAAUUUUUUUUUGUCGAGGCCUACAUAAUUUUUGAAAAUUGUGCCCUUAUUUGUUGUUAAAGCCAAUUUUAUUACAAAGGUAAGUUAAAAUGUGGCUUUUGCUUAUUCUGUGAAUUUGGAGGAUAAGAUGUGAAUUUCUACCUUCCUUUUCAUUAUUUUCUCAACUAUUUUGUCUAAUCCCUUGCAAAUAUGAUGGAGUGAAUUAGUUUAAAUGACAUAUCUUCCACAUUUCUAAUAAUUAUUCCAACUGUAAUAGUCCUCCUUAUUCACAGUUCUUAAGUUCUUUAGGGGAGGGGAUGAAGCUAAUAUUAUUUUGGAAAUUUUUUUUAAAAUUUGAAUUUAUAGGUGGGGAUUAUUUUUAAAAAAAUGGUGGCAUUACCAUCAUAUAUUCUUAUUUGAUAGCAUCACUAAAUGAUUCUAUUAUUUUUGUAUACCUUAAAAUCAUGUUUUAAUAAUCAUGUUAGUGUUUUAAAGUAAAUGAACUGUUCCUUACAUGACUAGAUAUUCUAUUUCUCCUUGCUGGGGUAUAAAGUCAUCUAAGGAAUAGCUAUAAAUUGCACAUAUAGCUUUCCCUCCUCUAAGUUAAAUAAAGCCUUUUCUCUUUGAUUAAAAGCUUAUUUACAUUUGUAUCUAAUUUUAAUUAUGUUUACAUAUUAUUACAAAGUUAAAUGCAGAUGAAUAGACUGUUACUGAAAAAAUUAAUGUAAAUAUUACACAUUGUGUGAUAUGACUUUAAAAUCUUUUACAUCUGCAUUCAUCUUUGUCCAUAUAAUGUUAAUAUUGAUUUCAAAUUGUUGUUGGAGAGGGCCUGGGCUGGCAGGUGGUAAACUCAGAAGUUCACAUGGUUCCCUUAAUUUGUCUAAAUUUUGCCUUUUACUUUAACAAUUUGGAGUUGACAAGAGAUUCUGAAAAUAUUGAUGGUAGACAUAGGUAUUAAGUGAAGAUUUUAUAACCAUGAGAACUUUUAAGGAUGCUCCUGUUCAUCAAUUUCAUUCUGAACAUUGGCUGAAAGCACAAGGGGAAAAGGCUUCACAUAUCACAGACUCUUGUCAAGCUUACAAAUUGUUAGCAACAAUUUAUACUAUUUAAAAAAAAAAUCCCAAAUGGCAUACCCUCAAAAGUACAUACAUAUGCAGAUUUUUAAAGCAGGCAUCUGUUCUCAAGAGUCUUUCUCAUUACACUUCUUUUAAGUUAGUCUUGCAUGCACCAGUUUUUCAAACUUAUAUUUUUACACUGUUUGUGGUAAAAAGACUUGUACUGCGAAUUUUUUGUUGAGAAAAAUGAAGAGGUUCUACUUUUACUUGAAUUGCCCAGUGCCUGAGACUGACAGCAAAUACAUACACUUUAUCCGUAAAAUUUUAAGAGCCGCCUGUUGUUAACAUUUACAAAUAUAAUUAAAUCAAUUUUAUUACAAUGUAGAUUUAUGACAAAGUCCUGGUUAAAAAGUCCAGGCUUCCGCCGGUGUUGCACACAAGAUAAUUACUUUUAAAAUACAGAAAGUGAUUGUAGGGCUUUAGAUUUUUUUUCUCUUAGCAUCUAUAGUUUUUAAUUUUUGUACAUUUGUAUUGAGUAAAUUGAUCCUGUUAAUAGUUGCGUUUUGGUUUUGAAGUUUAAUUUUUUUUCCUAUAAGAUAUAAUAGGUUUUUUAUAAAUGUUUUUAUGAGGGGAAAAUCAAUAUUUCUCAUGCUCUGUAUAUAUAAUAAAAUAAAGCAGUUUCCAUUUUCAAAAAUGUAAAUCGGGGAUUGCAGUCCAGAUUCAAGGGAAAAUGUUGUACCCUAAUUCCAUUUAUGAAAUUUGAUGUGACAGUAGUCAUGGUUAAAUGUGAAACUUUUGUGAACAUACUUUGUUUUACAUCUUGUUUUUUUUUCUUCUUUUUACUGCAUUUUUUUUUUACAAUAGAUGUUGAUUUGUGUUAUGUUUUUGGUAUAAUGGACCUUACUUUACCCUGAAUUUACCAUCACCAAUCCUCCAGGGCCUAGGUGCUGAGAUUUAUAACAAACCGUAAUGCAUGAUCAUGCUUUUUUCUCUGCAGCAUUUCUUGAUGAGCAAAGUUUGAAAAAAAUAAUAGCCCUAGCCUCAGAGGAGCACAAUACUUUUCUAAUGGAUGAAAUGGGCACAUCUCAAGAGUUUUUUGGAAUAUCAACAAACAGAAAUUUUUCUUGUCAUUUAUGUGGAAAAAAUUUCAGAGUUAAGCACCAGUAUAUUGGGCAUUUAAAUACACAUAUGAACAGAAAACCUUUUAGAUGUGAAUUUUGUGAGAAAUCAUUUGCUUAUGCUACUAAUUUAUGCAGGCAUAGAAGAACUUGUGAGAAUAAUCCUCAAAAUUCCUUGUUAACAUCACAAAUCUCUGUACAAUUUCCGGAUUCUCAGAACCGUUGAUCGCUGGAAAGUUUAAAAAUACUAUAUCGAAAUGUGCUUCAACAAUUACUACUGCCAGCCCAACCUUUCGUUAAAAAAAACCAAACCAAUCCUACAUGACACUUUCUCAUCAUUUUCCCAGAGCAACCGCAGCACAUAGCCUUUCUCGGACAAGAAAACCCUUAUAAAGCUGUCAUUCACCAAUUCGCCUGGAACCAUACAUGUUCUUUUUGUGGAAAAAAGUUUCACAAUAAAUCUGAUUGCAUGGGCCAUGUCAACAGUGUUCAUUUAAGUGCUCGCCCUUAUGUUUGCAAAUUCUGCGCCACAAGUUACUCUUACAGACAAAGUUUGAACAGACAUCUUCUUCUCUGUUGUAAGAAGAACCAUUUGGGCUAAAGAUUCACAUUUAAGAAAAUGUAAUUGGUCAACUGCCACCUGUCCUUUGCACUAAAUCUAAUAUUUUCUUUAUAGGAAGAUAACUGCACUUUUGUGUUUUCCUCCAGGUUGGUGGAAAAGUAACAAAGUGACUUGUGGUGAAUUGGAGUUUCACAAGAAAUAUCGAUGUUCCUAUUGUUCAAAGCGUUUUGCCAACAAAUCAGAUAUGGGUGGUCAUAUCAGUAGCCAGCAUCUAGGACUCAAAGCAUUUACGUGUUCAUUCUGCUGCAAAUCUUUCUCUUACUUACAAAAUUUAAAACGGCACCAAAGGAUGUGUGAGCAUUAGCUCAGUUAUUUUUUUUAUCAAAGUAUGUUUUACAUUUGUUUUUAUUUUUUUAUGUCAGAUUUGUUUGCUUCUAUUCCAUAAUGUUAGUGUGUGCAUUAAAUGAAAUGUAAACUUCCUGAUUGACUGUGGAGAAGGAUGGAAGCUCCUUAUUAUAAUUUUAAGUUACUUGUUUUAAUGUACAGAAUUUCAUUGGUGAUAUUAAAGUUCAUCUUAACAAAAUCCAUAACACAGUUGCUCAUCACCAACAAAGGAUGUGUAGACUUGAAUAGAGGUUGAUCCUGUUAAAAUACUGACCACAGUAAAUUAUUGAUUUCAGUUGAUUGGAAAGUGGAGAUAGACAACUCUCUGACAAGUGAUACAAGUUUUCAUUCAACAUUAUUGCCUUCAAGUAACACGUGUGAGUUUUGUGGGAAAGUUUUUACAACAAGAAUGAGCUGCAGGGACCACCGUAAUGCUGUGCAUCUUCUGCAAGUUAGUUAUCCAUGUGACUUUUGUGGAAAGAAGUUUCCCUACAAACGAACACAGAGGAGGCACAAAAGUCUAUGUUCAGCAAAGUAUUUAGGAACUCAAUAUAAUGAGAGAGUCGACAGGAAGACUAUGUUUGACAAACUAUUUUGACAAUUAUUUCAAUUCUUCAAAUUCCCCAUCUUCAAUUAGUAAUGUAAAUAAUUGAAGAUACAACUGAGUACUUACAUCACCAGUCUGUCUUUGAGCUCUAUAUUUUUUUUCUUCUUUCAUAUCUGCAGGUCAUUACUUUUCCAGUCAGAGACUGCCUAUCCAACAUAAGUUUUUAAGUGUCAAGAAAAGCACUGAUAGUUUUAUCCUGUUCCAUACACAAGUGAAACCAAAUUCUUCUAAAAAAAACUUUGCAUGCUCCUUUUGUCAGAAAAGAUUUUCAACUAACAGGGAUCUUGAUGGUCAUAUGAACUCGAGACACCUAAACCAGAAACCUUUUGUGUGUGGAAAAUGUAGCAAGAAAUUUUCUCAUAGAACCAGUUUUAAUUCACAUAAAAGACUAUGUUUAUAAAUACGAUGUAAGAUGUUUGUAAAUACAAGUAGGUUUAUAUGAUUGAUAAUUUAAGUCAAUCUGAUGAUGUUGAUUUUAAAGUUUUGUGGGAUGUAUGUUGGUGAUUUGUGUUAUUUUUGCCAUUCAAAUCACUAGCAUACAGAACUAGACGCAUACCAAUGGCAAACGUUGCUUCUGGUUAUAAUUUGAGCUUCUGUUCUGUUACAGAUAUGGUUAGAAGAAAUUUCGGAUCAUUGCCCUUACCCACUACAAGUAGUCUGCAUCACAAUUUGACCUCUUCAAAGGGCUUUAGAUGCCAAUUUUGUACUAAGUGUUACGCUGCUAAGCAGGAUUUGGAAGGACAUGUCAAUGCGCAGCACUUGAAUUGUAAACCAUAUCAGUGUCCCGUUUGUUCUAAAGCCUUUGCUUAUGAAAAAACACUUAAGUGUCACAUGAGAAUGUCACAUUCUGACAAACUUGUUUGCUAUUGAUGGGAUCAGUUUCUUGUAUAGGAAACCAUGUCGGCCAGGUAUAGGAGACUUCAGAUGUUAGAGCAAUGUUAAUUUUAAAUUUGACAGGUUGUAUCUAUUAUUUUAUUUUCAGUUCAUGAACUUAUUUGGUUUUUGGUAUUUUCCAUCAGAGAUUUAUUUUUUGGGUGACUAUUAGGAGCACAUUUUUGAUAGAAUAGGAUAGGUUGGUGAACUAGCUUUAUUUUCUGGAAUCUUGCAAUGUGAACUCAGACUUGCCUGUGAAUACCUUAUGCUCCUCAAUGUGGAUGUUUUAUAAAAAAAAACUAAUUUUAGCUCCUUAUAGUUUUUAAAGCUUCAUUGGAGCAUAACUUUUAUUUGUUUCCAGGUAUCACAGAUAGUUUCCAUGCUCUUGAGAUGUUACACUCUCAGUCAACAUUUCUCUCCCAAGGAAAUUCAGAGCUUGGUAGGAUUGGAAUUUAUGUAUGUGAAUUCUGUGAGAAAUCAUUUGUGGCCAGAAAAGAUUAUGAAGGACAUAAAAAUGCGAGGCAUUUAAACAGCAAACCAUUUCAAUGCUCUGAUUGCAAUAGGUGCUUUGCAUAUAAAAGAAGUUUACAGCACCAUAGGCGUAUUAGUCACAGCUUCAAAUCACAGAGAUUUCAAUUCUAGCACUUUAGUGAGGCUUAUUCUCAGAAUUUGAUUUUGAAUUUUUUCCCCAAAUUAGAUGUAACUUUGAUAUAAAAUUUAUUAUACCUACAUGUAGUCUGUGAUAUUUCAGUGGGAUAAUCAGAGUGGUGUUAUACCUUGCUUUGAAAUGUCUAAUCAUCAAGUGCAAAAUAGCCCCAGGUCCUCUUUUGCAUAUUUAAAAUUUCAGUGGUAAUUUUAUUAAUUUGGAACAGGAGGCACAUUUUCUGAGAUGAAGAUCAAGAAGUCCAAGUCUUCUAGGGCAAGUCCUCGAGGUGUGGCUGGAAACUAUAUUUGUAGUGUCUGUUAUAGAGCAUUCCCAGCAAAAAGGGAAUAUGAAGGGCAUAUUAAUAACCAUCAUUUGAAAUUAAAGCCAUAUUCCUGUCACUUGUGUACAAAGUCUUUUGUAUAUAAAAAGGGAUUGAUGUACCACUUAAAGCAGGCUCAUUUUUAAUUGAAAAUUGUUAAGAUCCUGCCAUUACAGUCUGGAAUUAUUUAAAAUUGUUAUUCCAAAUGACACCUUUAUCAUAUAUUCCAGAGUAAUUUUUGCUUCUGAAAUUCUAUAUUUGUCAAUAAACUACCAGUAAAAUUAUAUAUUUACUUACACCCAGGUGAAAUUUGGUUGCUAAUACCUGUCAAAAUUUGUUAUAUUUUGCCGUUUACAUGAAUCUAAAUUUCUAUUGUUAUUUUUUUGAAAUACAUUCUCCCUCACAACUCACAAAUUUUCAACUUGAAAAUAAAUACUUAUACAAUAAAAAUGCUGUUGUGUAAAUUGUGGAUAUAAGUUGAGAUCUUUUUUAUUGUAUUUUUUGGGGGAAGGGGGCUGUAAGGGGUGAUCCUCUUUGGUCGGGUGGAUUCUCGAGAUACUGUAGCAGUGUUUAAAUUUUCUUAUUCAGACUUCCUUCAUGAGAAAUGGCCAGAUCUUUCACCGUACUCUAGAGAGCAGAUUUACAUGGACCCAAACUUUCCAGGAUUUAAGAAAACAAGCAUCGUAUGUCAGCUGUGUCAAAAGACAUUUUCCAGUCGCCGACUACUUGCUGGUCAUAUGAACUCAAAACACCUAAAGGCCAAGCCCUAUCUCUGUCCAUUUUGUUGUAAAGGUUUUUCAUAUAAAACAAGUUUAGACUACCAUAAAAAGAUAUGUCAGUCAAUUAAGUUUUAUGUCACCUGAAAUAAUGGACAAAAUUAUGUAUGUAUAAUCGCUUUCUUGCCUUUUUUCUGCUCUUUCUUUUUGAAAAAUUUCAAUUUUUCUUUCUCUAUCACUAGGGUAUGUUGAAUGGUGCAGAAAUCAUACUCAGGUGCCUGUGACUGUUAGUCUUGGUAAAAAGAAGAACCAUGUGUGUCACAUCUGUUCAAAGGCAUUUGUCAACUCGAGAAUUUUAGUAGGGCAUGUCAAUUCGGUUCAUCUAAAUAUCAAACCAUACAAAUGCCUUCACUGUUCAAAGGCAUUCUCUUACAAAAAUAGUCUGGAUAUUCAUACAAAAAUAUGUAGCUUUCAUUUUCCGCUUCCCUAAAUGGUUAUGGUAAAUCUGAAUGUCAGCCCAGGUUUUAAAACCCAGUUGCCUUUUUAAAAAAAAUUGUGCUCUUAAAUAUUUUUUCUUUCUAACUCAUUAGACUAUAGGAUCCGGCAUGGGCGAGAGAUACCUGGUUUAGAUUACCUUUGUGCAAGUGGAGCAAGGCAACCUGUAGGAAAAAUUUCAUGUGAAAUAUGUGGCAAGAGAUAUCCAUCACGUAGAUCUCUAAGUGGUCAUAUGAAUUCUUCUCACUUGCAUCAAAAACCUUAUCAAUGCCUGUCAUGUGAUAAAUCGUUUGCUCACCAAACCAGUCUUUACUUUCACAAGAGACUUUGUAUGCCUUCAUUGAAAAACACCCUGUAAAUGUUGAAAUAGGAAGUUGGGUUCAUUUUAUUUUUAUUUUUAAAACUAUUGGUUUCCUACCAUGCCUUAGGAUGGAUCAUGUUUGACACAAAGUUAUGAAGUAAGAAUUAUUUUUUUUCCCAUUUCAGCAACCUUAGAGUUCCAAGAAUCACUUGAAGACUCAAAGUUUAGGAAUCCAUUCAGAUUUCGGGCUUUUCGAUCAAAGAUAAUGUGUCAAUAUUGUGGGAAAAAAUACACAUCUAGGCGUGAUUUAGAAGGUCACCUUAAUGUGGUGCAUUUGAAAUUAAAACCAUUUAUUUGCCGCCAGUGUGGGAAAGCAUUUUCUUACAGUCAACAUUUACAUGCACAUAGAAAGAUAUGCGCUGAAUCAUUUGGACAUUAUUUCACAAAUUUAUGAUGGAUAUUUUUAGAUAAACUUUUAAAAUAAUUGAUAGGUGCAAAUUUGCCUCUGCCCUGCCCUUUAAAUUGGCCCUUCUCUCUAAAAUAAAAUUAAAAAAUAAGUCACUGUCUAACUUAUUUCAGUUAAACAUGAUCAGGAUAUCGGCACCAGAGGUACUUUGUGGAGUAUGAAUUCAUUACAAACAUCACGCUCUGGAUUCUCUUGUCAGCACUGUGGGAAGUUGUGUAUUUCCAGGCGUGAUCUCUAUGGUCAUAUAAAUGCUGUCCAUUUAAGGAUUAAGCCAUUCAUUUGUACACUCUGUGGGAGGGGCUUUUCCUAUAAUAGAAAUUUGCAUGUGCACAAAAAAAUUUGUCCAGCCCUGUUCACAUCUACAAAUUUAACAACAUUGCAGUAAUUUUAAAAAUUACAGUUACUGUUGCAAGUUUUUAUUCAUUUCCAGCUGUUGUGUCUUUUAACUGUCAAGAAAGUCUGUACAGUAGAGAGUCUGCAAAUGUACAACAGAGAUCAAGCCAGUUUAGUCCCUCAGUCAGUAAAAAAAGGCACAUUUGUCAAUAUUGUGGCAGGUCAUUCACUCGAUUUCAAUAUCGUGUUGAUCACAUCAACACACACCAUCUUAGGACCAAACCAUACUCUUGUGUUGUUUGUGGUUUAAGUUUUUCUCACAAGACUAGUUUAGCUAGGCAUAAGAGCUACAGGGAUCAUAAGUUUUAAUCAAGUUAUAUCUUUGAUUUAUUUCACCUUAACAUAGAAACUUUUCUCAGUUUGUUAAGUGGGCAUUAAGUGUUAUUUUUGUUGAAGUUUUGUCUGUUCUGAAUUUAGUUCUCAUUUUUAAAAAAUCCAACAUGGAUAUGGUAACAAUUUAUGUAUUUAAGUUUUUUGGGUGCAGUUGUUUACCAAAUGCAAGUCCAGGCCCCCGCAGCUGAAACAUAUAGUAAACCUAUUCUGCUUGCUGUAUUCCUCAGCACUGACUUUUAGGAUGUCAUCAUGGCAGAAAUAUUCACAUGUGAAACAAGCAUGGUUUCCAUCCGUCCAACACAGGUUGUCUUGUGAGAUAUGUCAUAAAAGUUUCAUAACAACAAGAGAUUACAUUGGCCAUAAAAAUGCCAGACACUUAAAUGUUAAACCCUUUCUUUGCAGUUUCUGUGGCAAUGGCUUUGCAUACAAAAGAAGUGUUGAUUUUCAUCAGAAAAAUGGGAAAUGUCCAGCUAUGAUUAAAGUUGAACAUAUUAAAGAAUACAGUGGAACCCCGCUAUAAAGCUGCCGUGGCAUGGCUCCCAAAUUAUUAUUUUUAGCACAUAAUUUUUUUUCUUUAUAAAAAAUGUGGAAAAAAUUUCUGAACCAUAUUUUUCUUGAUCAACAGGAUCGCAAAUACACUAAAUUUGUCAAACGUCAUCGCCAUGUAGCUCGAUAUCGCCACAAGAUAUUAAAAAAUGCUUUAUUUUAAAUCGCAUUCACAGAGAAUCCUAUUUUUUAAAAUCCCAACACUAUUUUCCCUGAAUAUUGUAAUUGCUGCUGUGUAUGGGCCACAAUUAUUGCGUUAUAUCGAGGUUUCUCUGUAAUCGUAUUUGUGACAAACCAUUUACAACAAUCUUAUAAAGUUAAAGCCACAAGUCUUUAAUCCGUACAUACAUUGAUAACUAAAUUUUUAUAUAUUGUAUUUUUCUAUUACCUCUGAUUGUCUUUAAUUACACUUUUAUUUUAACAUUUAUAUAAGAUUUGUUUCCCCUUAAUAAAUUAGGUGAAACCUAAUUGUUAUUUAUUUUGUAUUUAAUUUUAAUAAUAUUAUUUACUGUUGUUAAAUUUAUAAGAUUUCAAGGACCUUUCUUUAAAUUCUGUUAGAUUGCUGAUUAGACUAAAUAAAUAAAUAAGCCAAUGCUGUUAAAUAUAUAAUUUGAUACUAUCAACAUGAAUGUUUGUAUUCAUUUAUCUGAUUGAUCUAUGCUGAUGCAAUGUACAAUAAAUUCAUAUUUGUAUUUGAAGAACUUGAGCUUUCUUUUUUUAAAAUCAACUGUUUGGUCCAAUAUUAUCUGUUAGCUUAUGUGGUAUGUAAAAGAAUUCUCUGUAUAGAUUUAUUUCAAGUUGCUUGGGCUCUGUUAAUUGAAAUACAAUUUCUUUCCUAUAUCUUCAAAUAGCUGUGAAUCCUUGCAAAAAUAACAUUCAUAUAAGUUCAGGAGUUUUGUUCUCAUAAAUUUGCUAAAUCUAAACACUUGGCCAGCCCUUGCCCACAAAGAUAUGGAUGAAUCCUUAUCAGAUCUUACUUGCAAUUGUUGCUUCUGUCCCUUCCAGUUCGAGAAAUUAUUCUACUGAAGGAUUUACACUCAGUUAGCUCUCAUAGCCUAGAUCAGAGUUUGCACAGCCUUAAACAAAAGCCGGUGAAACGAGAGCUGGAAUCUAAGAAGACCCCACUGAAGUGGGCAGAACGUGCACGCAAGUACACAUGUCACUUUUGUUGGAAAGCCUUCGUCGUCAGGAGGGAUUGGGAAGGGCAUAUAAACUCUGUGCAUCUAAAAGCAAAGCCGUUUCAUUGUCAUGUGUGCUCAUGGAGCUCUGCUCAUAGAGGUGAACUUCAAAAACAUGUGAGAAGAUGUUCUCACAUAUAUGACCAUUUAGUAAAGCAAUCUGAUGUUAAUCAGGAGCAAGAUGGAUCUGUUGUUGAUUUCUGAGUAGAAAAACCAAACUAUGGGAUGCAAAUAAGUUCACUUGAAAGUUAAUGCAUAUUGCCUUUUUCUUUAGUGCCAACUGAAGUUAACAUUUUAAAAAUCUUAUUAUUUUAUAUUUAAGUAAUUUUCAAGAACAAAUCAACAUUUUACGUGGUUUGCUUUUAAAGAUUCAUUUAACCAUACUUUGGAAUAUUCGAACUUCUGACUUUGCUUUGUGCCAGAAUUAUCCCUUUCAUCUUUUUGUCUUUGAUUGGUCAAUGCAUCACAUAAAAUGUUUAUAUUUCCAGCAAUUAUUGAAUCACUCUUAAAACAAGAGGUGGAACCUUCAGACCAUCUGCUCGGGGGAAGAGACUAUAUUAAAUCAUCAUUUGGAAAAGGCAUUGCUGGAAACAUGUUUAAUUGUCGAUUUCAAAUGUCUUCGUACUUGCCUAAACCUUUACUAUUAAAGCGAUACUCUUGCUCCAAAUGCAAUCAGUCAUUCAGUUAUCCAGGCAAUCUCUCACGUCACCGCAAAGCAUGCGAGGGGAAUUUUGAUAUCAAAUGCAUGUAUUGUGAGAAAGUAUUUUAUAGACAGGAUGUUCUGAAAAUGCACAUGAGAAGUAAACAUGGAAUUAUUAGUCUUUAACAUACAGUAUUGUCAGCACAAAUGUGAAAUAAUUACUAAUUUGUUUUUCCCGUUUCAAAAUUCUUUGGUUGGUAAAUUCUAGAUUGUCAUUAUUGCAUAUGGACCAUUGGUUUUGAUUAUUAUUUGAUUUUGAAAAUUUCAGAACAUUUAAAUUUAAAAAGGAUUUUAUUUCUUCAUGCCUAAUUGUACUAUUAGGGCCCACCAAAAAAUAUAUCUAGAGCAGAGCAGUUAUGUCUAUACUUUAAAAAAAAAAAUAUGGUAAACACCUGUCCGCCCAGAAGCCUUGCAGCAUGUUCAAGACACAUUGUGUCUAACAAAUUUCUUCUUUCCCAGUUCAAGGUGCAUACUGGAAACAGAAAAGACCUUCAAAGGGCAGUGCUUGUAAUAGACGUUCAUCUUAUUUCUUGACGGUGAAUGAUGCAGAAUCAUAUCCAUCUUUGCUGGUUGCAUUUGAUCUGGAGUGCAAAAAAUGCACAUUUGUUUCUAAGGAUGCAUUGGCAAUGUCUGUGCACAAAAAAACCUGCACUGGAAAGAAGCAUCUUACCUGUAGCUUUUGCGCAAAAGUUCUCAGUCGUUAUGACUCACUAGCUGAACACAUGCGUGGAAUUCAUGGUAUAGGUACCAAAGUGCAAUGCAGAUUUUGUGGCAAAAAUUUCAAAUAUCGACCACAAAUGUAUCAACAUCAGACUGUGUGUGCAGAACGGCCGAUAAAAAUUGAAAUGGAUGUGCCAUUUUCAUCUUCAAAUUUUGAAAGCAAUGGGGACAAAAUGGAUUCAAAAAUAUCGUUCCCAUAUGAUGUUACAAUGGCAGUAGAUAUGGAUAGCUUAGGGCAGCAUGUAUUCGUUUCAAAAUCAUGCACAAACCCUAAUUUUAAUACUUAACGAUAUACAGUAUAUUUUUUUGUAUUAAAAUAUGGGUAAAGUGUUUUCUUCUUCUGAAUAUAUUUCAGUUCUACUUUACAAUAACAGGGUUUAAAUUAGGUUAGAGCACCCCAGAAAUGUGAAAACGUUUUGUGAAACAUUUUUUAAUAGUGGGUAGCAUUUAUCAGGCCCUUUUCCAACAAUGAACCUUAUCAUGCGCAAACAAUAAUUACUAAUAUGUACCCAUUACCCUCUCAGACGAUGCUCCUUUGCACGCAGUCAAGCAAAUUGUACUUCCAGUUUCUCAGAUUUUUUACAAUCGGACGUUAUCAAGCUGCAAUGUCUGUGGCAAACUAUUUGCAUAUAGACACGCACUAAGACGACACCUGAAUACUCAUGAUGCAACAGCCACUAGCCGAUUCUCAUGCCAUUUAUGUGGACGAACAUUUAAUCGCAGUGACUCACUUAGAAGACACUAUAAACUUAUACAUAAUGUAGUAAACCCAUCCAUUUAGAUAUUACAUAUUAAUAUUAGCAUUUUAAAUGUUGAGAAAUGUUAUUGUUGUUGCUUUUUUGAUGGGGUUGUGCAAGAUAAAUCCUAGCCAAUAGUUUUCAGAUUCUGCCAUUUUGUGUCACCCUCAUCUAAUACUUAAAAGUUACGAAUCAGAUUGUCUGUAAUUUAGAAAACAAAAAUCUUGCCCUUGAGUAUUAAAGUCUUCUCAUUCAUUCACCACCUGCUAGCCCAGUAAGAUUUAGAUGGAAAAUAUUUACUUAUCAAUGUCAUAAUUCCCAGAACUUUGGCAUACAAAGGAAUCUGCAGGGUUGAAAAAUGUACGUGAACUACCUCAAAUUGUUGAUGUGAACUUCCAAACUUCAUUGCAAGCCACUAUUGCACAACAUGGCAGCUAUCAUAAAAGUGUUUGUGGAAUUUGCAACCAACUGCUACAUUCAUUUGCUGAACAGGUGUCACAUAAAAGUAUAUGCAAGGGAAAGAAGAAUAUUUCCUGUCCAGAAUGUGGAACUGUCUUUAGGCGGAAAGAUAAUUUGCAAGUCCAUUUGCGGAAUAAGCACAAUUUUGGUCAUCCAACUGUAUGUAAAGGUUGUGGAAUGUAUUUUAGGUCAUAUUUGAGACUUAAUGAACACAUGAGCUCUUGUGAGCAGCUUGUACAUAAACCUUGCUGACGUAGAUACCUUGCAUUUUUAUUUAAAUUCAGGUAAUCUGCAUGUUUUAGUUAACAUUAAACGUGAACUCUGAGCCGUUAGCACCACAGUUCUGCCCUCUUGUUUUAAGUUACUGUUAAAUUUCAUCUGACUGGCUUUCCACAGGAGCUUGGUGGAAUGCCCUUCCCGAAAUUAAGUCAAACCUAAGCUCAAGUGUGCAAACUUGUUCUGCAUCAAGGAUGAAAACGGAUCAUAUAAAAUUUUUUGACACUCAUGUUUCACAAAAUCAAGUUUCAAAUUCUUGUCGAACUUGUAAAAAAAUAUUUAUUUCUCGAGCACAUAUGGUUCAACAUAGACAUUUUUGCAAGGGGGCUAUUGUUGUUUUUUGUCCAGAAUGUAAUAAACCCUUUGGUAGAAGGUACAAUCUGAGAGUUCAUAUGCGUAAUAUCCAUGGUAUUGGUGAAACAAUAGUUUGCAAAGGAUGUGGAUUAACAUUUAGAUCCUAUUUAAAACUGAAUGAACAUAGACAAUUUUGUAAAAUGAUUUGACAAUUUAAAAAAGGAAAUUAGUUUUAUUUGUCAAAAAGUACAUUUGAUGUAUAGUUUGAAAUGUAAUAACUACUUAAUAUAAUAAAAGAAAGUUAAUCACGUAAAGAAUAAAUGUAAUUUUUCAAGUUUGUUGUCUUUAAGUUUUUGUUUCUGUUUGUUUCUUUACCACCCUAAAGCCUAAAGAUUGUGCUGCACCAAAGAUGAAAAUUUGAUCUUAUAAAAUUUCUUGAGACUCAUGCUUCACAAAAUCAUUUUUCAAAUUCUUGUCGAACUUGUAAAAAAAUUAUUUAUUUCUUGUGCACAUAUGCUUCAAAACAGACAUUUUGCAAAGGGGAUAUAGUUCUGCUUUGUCCAGAAUGUAAGUCUUUUAGUAGUAAAUGGUAGACAGUACAAUCUGAGAUUUGAUGUGCGUAAUAUCCAUGGUAUUGGUGAAACAAUUAUUUGCAAAGGCAUAUUAAAAUUUAGUUCCUAUUUAAAUUUGAAUAAACUAUGAACAUAAGACAUUUUAAAAUGAUUCAACAUUUGUACAAAAAAAAAGUUUGAAGUAUUUAUUAUCAUAAAAUACAAAUGAUGUGUAAAUAAAAAUUUAAUAACUUCUUCAUAAAGU